AUGGUGGGGUUCGGAUGGCGGGAGAUUCUGGGGUUGAAGGAUAAGUCUCAGGGGAACGCUGAGCUUGCUGCUGAGUCGCAUCAGGUGUACUACGUUACGAAUCGGGUGUGCGAGAGGGAGGACGAGAAGAUGGGCAAGGUGUACGGCAAGCACAUGGACAGUGGCCUGCACGUUGGCGUGGUGGAUAUGGGCAAGGUGUACGGCAAGCACAUGAACAGUGGCCUGCACGUUGGCGUGGUGGAUAUGGGCAAGGUGUACGGCAAGCACAUGGACAGUGGCCUGCACGUUGGCGUGGUGGAUGUGGACUGUCCUAAUGGCAAGCCUCAAGUGAAGCCAGAAGGGCAGCUUGUAACGAGUAUGGACUCGGAGGCAUUCAAGCAGCGGCUGAGAGAGCAUGUGGCCCGCGAUGAGAACAAGGCAGUGCUUGUUUACGUGCAUGGCUGCUUCACUGAUUUCAGCCGGGGCAUGGGCUACGGAGCAUUCAUGCAGCGUGGUCUCGACUUCAACGGGCCCAUGGUGGUGUACAGCUGGCCGACGGUGGGGCGGCCGUCCGUGUCGGUGGGGUUGGGGGUGAUCAGCCUGUACCGCCAGGACGAGAUCACAUGCAUGCAGGCCGCUCCUGACCUCAGGGUGUCUCAAGCCAUGGCCAUCUUCGAGCUGAGAGCGAAAGCCGUGCACGUGAUGCCAUACAGCAUGGGCGUGCAUGUGAUGCCAUACAGCAUGGGCGUGCAUGUGAUGCCAUACAGCAUGGGCGUGCAUGUGAUGCCAUACAGCAUGGGCGUGCAUGUGAUGCCAUACAGCAUGGGCGUGCACGUGAUGCCAUACAGCAUGGGCGUGCAUGUGAUGCCAUACAGCAUGGGCGUGCAUGUGAUGCCAUACAGCAUGGGCGUGCAUGUGAUGCCAUACAGCAUGGGCGUGCAUGUGAUGCCAUACAGCAUGGGCGUGCAUGUGAUGCCAUACAGCAUGGGCGUGCAUGUGAUGCCAUACAGCAUGGGCGUGCAUGUGAUGCCAUACAGCAUGGGCGUGCAUGUGAUGCCAUACAGCAUGGGCGUGCAUGUGAUGCCAUACAGCAUGGGCGUGCAUGUGAUGCCAUACAGCAUGGGCGUGCAUGUGAUGCCAUACAGCAUGGGCGUGCAUGUGAUGCCAUACAGCAUGGGCGUGCAUGUGAUGCCAUACAGCAUGGGCGUGCAUGUGAUGCCAUACAGCAUGGGCGUGCAUGUGAUGCCAUACAGCAUGGGCGUGCAUGUGAUGCCAUACAGCAUGGGCGUGCAUGUGAUGCCAUACAGCAUGGGCGUGCAUGUGAUGCCAUACAGCAUGGGCGUGCAUGUGAUGCCAUACAGCAUGGGCGUGCAUGUGAUGCCAUACAGCAUGGGCGUGCAUGUGAUGCCAUACAGCAUGGGCGUGCAUGUGAUGCCAUACAGCAUGGGCGUGCAUGUGAUGCCAUACAGCAUGGGCGUGCAUGUGAUGCCAUACAGCAUGGGCGUGCAUGUGAUGCCAUACAGCAUGGGCGUGCAUGUGAUGCCAUACAGCAUGGGCGUGCAUGUGAUGCCAUACAGCAUGGGCGUGCAUGUGAUGCCAUACAGCAUGGGCGUGCAUGUGAUGCCAUACAGCAUGGGCGUGCAUGUGAUGCCAUACAGCAUGGGCGUGCAUGUGAUGCCAUACAGCAUGGGCGUGCAUGUGAUGCCAUACAGCAUGGGCGUGCAUGUGAUGCCAUACAGCAUGGGCGAUGUCCUCCAGAUGCUGUCUAGAGAACUAGGAGCAAAGGCCGUGCAUGUGAUAGCGUACAGCAUGGGCGCGCGCAUGAUCCCCAACCAACCCCCCCUCAUCCUUCGCUUCCCUGCCCACAGGACUCAUUCAUACCCCUUCCCCCUUCCUCGCUGCCCACAGGAUUUGCUGCAGAUGCUGUCUAGAGAAGUGGGAGCUAAAGCGGUGCACGUGAUGGCAUACAGCAUGGGCGCGCGCACACUAUUAGAGGCCCUCCGCCUGUCGUCAGUCUCCCCGUCGCACCUGGACCCCUUCCACGCCUCCACCGGCGUAACCUCCCACAUCUACUUCAUGGCUCCUGACGUCGCUGCUCACUCUUUUUCUUCUGUCAUACGGAAAUUCAAGUUCCCGGGGAUUGCGUGGGACAGGGAGGCGGAGGAAAAAGAGAGGUCUGCUGGGGGUGCGUUGGAAAGAGGGGCAGAGGAGGGGGAAACGGGCCGUGGGGCUUGGGAUGUCAGGCACCCGUUGACCUCUCACCAGCAAGCCCAGCACGUGCAGGCAGCGCCUGUGGUGUUGCCAUUGCCAUCCUCUCCUUCCUCUCCUUCCUCUCCUUCCUCUCCUUCCUCGCCUCUCUCCCCCUCAUCAUCCCACACUUCAUAUUCCCCCUCUUCCCCAACUUCCUCCACACCUUCCUUAGCAACUCCUUCCCCCGCUCCUUCCUCCGCAGCAUCCUCUGCCCCUGCCUCCUCACCUUCCUCCUCCACGUAUGACUUAAAUGCACGCAGUCACGAUUCCAUGAUAGAGAGGAUUGCAGACGUGUGGAACGUGGCUGGGGAAUGCAACUCAGGUUGGGUUACGCUACGGCAGGCUUGGCAGGAGGUUCGGGAAAAGGGGCUGAUGGAGGUUUGGAGCGAGAUAUUCCACCCGCCAGGCCUUGCCAAACCUGGUGGCUAUGGGUCUGCCAAGGCUGUGCCAGGCCUUGGAGCCUCCGAACCAGAGAGUUUCGGAGGUGCAGAAAGGCCAACAGAAUCAGCGGUCAGGCCACUGCCAUCAGUAGCAUCAGCAAGAGGCGGAGCAAGAGGAGCAAGCGAAGCACCAGGAGCAGCAGUUGCAGCAGCAGAAACCAGUGGGUCUAGAGGGACAGGGACAGGAGAGCGCAGCAGCACACAGCCAGCAGUGCGGGAGAACGCGCACAUACAUCUGUUCACGGCUCGCAACGACAUUGCUCUGCUGCUCUCCGAAUUCAUGGACGCCGGUAUUCCCAAGGUACGCCGCCAAGCAAGAAGCACUGUGCUCACGAGGGCCUUGAACACGGUACACGUGAGCAACCUGAAUAGCGGGCUGCUCAGCACGGGGCACUCCUACCUCUUCCACCAUCGCUUUCCCUCCUUCCCUGCUUCCCUCCUUCUCUGCUUCCUUCCUUCCCUCCUUCCCUCCUCCCAAUUGCCCCCCCUCAGGUCCGUGCAGGGCGGGGCUCAGACGAUUUCCUCCUGUGCUGCGGACAUAAGGCGUUCGAUACAGUUGAUGUGA